CCACUUCCCGUUCUCCUAUUGGUUAGGUGGAACGUCAGUUCAGGCAGGAACGAUGAACCAGGAUGCACGUGUUUCUCCGGUUGAAAAUCAAGAUGGCAGCGUCCGUGUGUCGGUGUUACGAGCUGAUUGGCAGAAAUGCCUUGGCUCUGUGCACACGUUCUAUGGUCUCUGCUACAUGGAGAGGAGAUGCUUACAGGUUACCCAGGAGCCCAGCUGCAGCUGUGCAGGUCCGGUAUUCUUCAGGACGGAAAGGUUUUCUGGGGGAGUUUGUUGAUAAUCUCCGUCAGGAGUUCAGUAAGAACCAGGAGAUGAAGGAAAACAUCAAGAAGUUCAGAGAAGAGGCCAAGAAGCUGGAAGAGUCUGAUGCCCUGCAGCAGGCCCGCAGGAAAUAUAAAUCUAUAGAGGCUGAGUCGGCGAAGACAUCCGAGGUGUUUAAGAAGACCUUCGACUCUCUGUCAGACACCGUCAAAGAGAGUCUCCAGGAGGUGACUCGUACGGAUAUAGGGAAGAAGAUCAAAGAAGGUGUGGAAGAGGCAGCCAGGACAGCCAUGCACUCGGCAGAGUCCGUGUCUAAGGGUGGAGAGAAACUGGGCCAGACCAGCGCGUUCAGGGUCAUCUCACAGGGUGUGGAGUCCAUGAAGAAGGAGAUAGACGUUGGCGACGCCGGCCCUUACAGAGCUCCUGCUCAGCUGAGGAUGAGAAGUGAUUUUUCAUUUAAAGGUGCGGACGGUGACGGCAGAGUGUUUGAAGCCAAUGAGGAAGCUCUGGGUGUGGUUCUGCAUAAGGAUUCAAAGUGGUACCAGCAGUGGAAGGAGUUCAAGGACAAUAAUGUGGUUUUUAACCGAUUUUUUGAAAUGAAGAUGAAAUAUGAUGAAAGUGACAAUGCUCUCAUCAGAGCAUCCAGAGCCAUGACUGACAGAGUUACCGACUUUAUAGGUGGUCUCUUCUCUAAGACAGAAAUGUCAGAAGUGCUGACGGAGAUCGUGAAGAUAGAUCCCAAGUUUGACAAGGACACUUUCCUCAAACAGUGUGAGAAGGAUAUCAUCCCGAACAUCCUGGAGGCUAUGGUCCGUGGAGAGCUGGAGGUAUUAAAGGACUGGUGCUAUGAAGCUACAUACAGUCAACUGGCCCAUCCCAUCCAGCAGGCCAAGGCUCUGGGGCUUCUCUUUCAGUCGAAGAUUCUCGACAUUGAUAACAUAGAUUUGGCGAUGGGUAAAAUAAUGGACCAGGGCCCAGUGCUGAUCAUUACCUUCCAGGCUCAGGUCGUCAUGGUGAUCCGCAGCCCAAAAGGAGACAUUGUGGAAGGAGAUCCAGAGAAAGUAAUGAGGAUGAUGUACGUUUGGGCCUUGUGCCGUGACCAGGAGGAGCUGAACCCCAGCGCAGCCUGGAGGUUACUGGACAUCUCCGCCUCCAGCACGGAGCAGAUCCUCUAAGAGGAGGGGUCAAAGGGGAUGCAGGUGGAACAGGUCCCUCUGUUGUACAAACUGUGAAGGAGGGCAGAGGACAUAAAUAUGUGGCUGGAAUCAACUCUGGAGCAGAGUGAAACCCUUCUACUCUGUGCCGUGUUUCCAGAAGAGUUAUGUGCACAUGUACCUCAUACUUGAUCACUUACAUGACAUUCGCUGGAAUCUGCAUCCUGACAUAAGAUGUAGUCUUGCUUGCUGUUCUUCAUAGCGCUUGGACGGACUGAGGUAUGGGUAAAGCACUUCAACUGUCAUAUUAAAAAGGAUAAUGUCUGUUAAAACACAGAAUCCUGAAACUCUUAAUCCUAUGGUGAAAUCCAUCCAUACUAUCCUUGUGGCAAGAUUCAGAAAGAUUGUAUCUCAUAGGUGGAGAAAGUGGACCUACAUCUUUUAUUUCUGUUGAAUGUUUGACAGAUGUUUCACAGUGUCGCCAUAUUUUUAUCAUUGUUCUUUUUCUAAAUGGAGGACUAGUGUAAGUAGCGUCAGAUUUGCAUUUGUGGCUGCAAACUGGAUGGAUCAUGGCACUGACCUAUAGACAGUAUUUUUGCAUGCAAAAGGUGUGGAAAUGUUCUUCAAUUAACCCUGUGAAGAACUAAAGUCUCCUUCCUGGCAGAGACUAGAGAUGCACUGAUCAGAGGUUUGUGGGAGUUUUUUUUAAAGCUUUGAUCUGCUGAUUCUGGUUUUUCUUUAAGAUUCAAAGGAUUCAAAGAUUAUUUUUUGUAGCAUUCCUGUCCUGAAUCACGGCAAAGAUGACAUCGGACCGCCUAAAUGAGAGAGUUUACCAUUAUUGCUUAAGGAAACACGAUUCUGAAGUUUACCAUCUUCUAUUAGCAAAUAUUGUGGCUAGCAUUACUUAAACAACACUUUCAUGUGUAUAUUCCAGAGAAUGUAGAUUCUUAGAAUGGAUUAGAUUUCCAGAAGACUGCCAACAUUUUCAAAUCCACAUUUUCUUGAUAAAAGGUCAAAGAGAUUAUAAAAGCAAUUUCAUUGGACUCAGUUCAGCCUUUUCUGCUUCCUGCUGCAAGUCUUGCUCUCUCUUGCCCCAUCGCAGCCUGAAAGAACCAUAGAUAUGUCUCGACCUGUCGCAGAAGUUGUGGUUUUCUUCCAACUAGCUUCUUACAUUUCUGCGCUUCCUCUGACUUCAUGUAAACAUAUUACGGAAAAUAGCUAAUGAUAAAUCUUCUCAGUAAAAAUGUUGUCAGCAUGAUCGUGUAGCGCUUGCGUAUGGUGCAUUCACUGAUGAUAAAAUGAGGGAUUUUUUCAGAUUCCUAAUGACCGGUCACAGGUCAGUGUCGAUCAAGCUAAAAAUCGGACGCUUCCGGUCAGCAGCAGCUGACUGUGUAUCUCUGGUAGAGAUGGAUGACAGAAAGACUUUGCUCCUUUUGCAUGCAACAACUAACUGAGUGGAACAAGAUGAUUUGAUGGACUUUCUCAGUAAAUGUUUUGAAUUUAAGAUUUUUUUUCUCCUUUUGUGAAAUAACCUUUACAAUCCCAACAAAGGCAGAGAUGAGAGGGGUUGUAAAAUCCUGAACAAAUAGAUGUGAUGGAUUUCUCACCAUUGACUUUUGUUUUUACAUGCAGCUUUGCUGGUUUUACUUCACACACACACAAAAAAUAACGAAAUCAUUUAAAGAUUUAAAUAUUAAACAUCCCAAGUAAUAAUAUAUUUAUUCAAAGCCACAGCUACUGUUAUAAUAAAGAGUUUACUAAUGUUUCACUUCGUAGAUAACGAGAAAUUCGACACAUUGUUUUUUGUCAAGUUGCAGUGCAUUGUCUCUAUUCUGAAUCUGCAGCACAACUGAUGAGCUUCUAACCUGUAAAUAAAUGAGGUGCAUCAUUUCAUUGUGGGAACACAGCUGAGGGUUCAUCAUUCAGGCAGCUUCAGGUUUGCAGGAUCAUUUGUUCUUCAUAUUUUGCAUAUCAUUCACCUGUUUGUCUUACAGAACGGCUCGGUUUGCCUUUCUGAAUGUGGCUUUAAAUGGUUAGAUGGUGAGGAUGUAAAUAGGAACAAAUGAGUUUAUUAUUUUGCACACUGGUUCAGUUGUGUCACUGAUGAGACCAACAUUCAUGGCUUGUAAUUAGUUAAAGAAAUGGAUCCCUGUGCAAGGAACACUCCGCUCAGCUUAAAGGAAAAAAAACAUCCAUGAUCCAUCUUUAAUGCUUUGUUGACAGAAGAAGGUUCUCAUCCAACAUACUACGUACUACACAGCCCAGUCCAUUGGCCCGUGAAUUGUCAUGCUAUGUAUUCUUUGGCGGAAAAAUCUUGCCAUAGCAUGAUGCUUCCUCCUCCUUGUUUGGCUGUGGAAAUGUUGUUCUGUAGGUUGUUCUUUUUCUCUAAACAUGGUGGAGCUCAAUUAGAUGUUCAUUUCAUUUCAAGCGUGUACAUGUAAUUUAUUCCAUGUAUAUAUGUAAACCUGUUGGAAUAAAAUGGAUUUUGUUUGUGUUGUCCUCCUCAAAA